UUCCCGGCCGUAAACGCAACCUUCGCGGCGACAAGCACGACCGUCGUCAGUAUCGUCUGAGUGGUUGCCGGGUACGCACAAGGGUAGUCGAAUUUACCGUCGGUAUUCUCGGUCAUCGCCGCUGUGCGUGCUGGGAUCGUGCUGUGUUGAUAUGUGCCGACACCGUUUGCGGACAUAACAGUUUGGUGUGUUGUAGGCUUUUUGUUGAUCUGGGUAGGCGUCCCAGCGUGGCGGGUGGGAAGUGUCCAAAAGUGCGAGGUGGUGAGUGUUAAAGAAUCGCCUGUCGAAAAGGCAACAUUUAGUUCAGAGAGCUCGAGCGCGAGCUCGCUGAUUGCGACUGUCCCGGCUAGUGUCAGUGCGCUAAACCAGUGCGUUUUAAACAUCAAAAAAGGUGUUUUCAAGCCUGCUGUUGUGUAGUGUGUACAAUAUCAAAUAAACCGCCUUCAAUCAAGCCCAUCAACCAAACGGUAUUCACCACAGUAUCCAUGUGCCGGUUCCUGUUCCGCGCGCGUCACACCAUCCACUGAAGGUGUUUCGGGAGGUGAUAAUUAAUCGCGAUCAGUGGUCUGUACACUAUUGAGUGUAGAAUAAAACCGAUACCGUGAAAAUGCUCGUUCCACCAGAAAUGAUCGCGGUGCAGUCGAAACUGAUCUACCAGAUGAACAAGUACUGCGCGGACCGGGUGCAAACCCGCAAAGCCCAGAUCCACAAAACUAUCCAGGAGGUCUGCCGUGUGGUGCAGGACGUACUAAAGGAGGUCGAGGUGCAGGAGCCGCGCUUCAUCUCGUCGCUAAACGACUACAAUGGCCGAUAUGACGGACUAGAGGUGGUGUCGCCGACGGAGUUCGAAAUUAUUAUCUACCUCAAUCAAAUGGGCGUCCUCAACUUUGUGGACGACGGUACGCUGCCUGGGUGUGCGGUGCUGAAGCUUAGCGACGGUCGCAAACGCUCCAUGUCGUUGUGGGUCGAGUUUAUUACUGCUUCCGGGUAUUUGUCCGCCCGAAAGAUCCGGUCCCGCUUUCAGACACUAGUCGCGCAGGCCUGUGAUAAGUGUUCGUACCGCGACUCGGUGAAGAUGAUUGCCGACACGACGGAGGUAAAACUGCGCAUCCGCGAGCGUAUUAUCGUGCAGAUCACGCCCGCCUUCAAGUGUGCAGGAUUGUGGCCCCGGUCCGCGUCACACUGGCCCUUGCCCCAGAUACCAUGGCCUCAUCCAAACAUCGUAUCAGAGGUGAAAACGGAAGGGUUCGACAUGCUGUCAAAGGAGUGCAUCGCGCUGCAAGGCAAAAACUCGGCGAUGGAGGGUGAUGCUUGGGUGCUAAGCUUUACCGAGGCCGAAAACAAACUGCUCCAAGGUGGCUGUCGGAGGCGGUGCCUCAGCAUUCUGAAGACGCUGCGCGACCGGCACCUCGAUCUGCCCGGCAACCCAGUCACAUCGUACGUGAUGAAGACACUGCUACUGUACGAGUGCGAAAAACAUCCGCGCGAGAUGGAGUGGGACGAGAACUGUAUGGGCGACCGGAUCAACGGGAUCUUUCUGCAGCUCAUCUCCUGCCUGCAGUGUCGCCGAUGUCCUCAUUACUUCCUGCCAAACAUGGACCUUUUCAAGGGCAAGUCACCCGGUGCGCUCGAAAACGCCUCCAAGCAGGUCUGGCGGUUGACACGAAUCAUGCUCACCAACUCACGCUGUCUCGAGGAGCUGUAAAGAAGCCGCUCCGAGGGCGUUGCACAUCGUAAAUACAACAUCGUAGGCUAAGACCGAACGUUCUCUAGAACAUAAGGGGGGUGGGGGCGAGUAUUUACUCGCAAGAGCUGGAGAGAGGGUUUAUCAAGCAGGUGAACGCGCCUCACCUACCCAGAGGGCAUUAAUUGUGGGGCAAGCAAGCACUAUUCUAACUCUAGCGAGGUACUAAAUUAUUAUGCACGUAUACUGUAUACACCAAGUAAGCUAGCUUUCGUCGGUAACUUAUGUCAUAACAAAUUGUUUUUAAAAUAUUAAUUAGAAAAGCUAUUCAUCGGACUUGAGAAUGGCUCGGCAUUAUGGGCACGGUACAAGUUAGGACAAUUUUGUUUGUCUGUUUUGUCUUCUAAACUCCUUUGCUGAAAAAAAACAGUCAGCUCGAUUCGAGAUCUGUCUGAAGCUAUGCAAGGGGAUUGUGCUGUUUCAAAAGCCUCCGCCCUCUAGUCUAUCCACGUAAUUGUUAAACACUUCGUGAUCUAUCAAAUCGUUUACUAAUAUUGCCGAAAUACACGUUGUGUUCGGGCGAGGGAUUUUUCUUCAUCUGAUGGCUUACGUUCCUUUUGCAAACUUCCCAUCUCCAUCCAGACAACCAGAGCGAAGAAAGCUGGACGUCCCUUGACAACGGAGUUGCAACGCACUCUAGUACAACGACGAAACUAAGGGUCUGCAUGGAUGCAAAACAGCAGUAACGAAAAAAGGCAACAAUCACGAAUAUCAAAAUGUACUAGUUGAAGUGAGUGAAAGUGGGGGUCUCAACAUAGAGCAAAUACCCGUAAACUGUAUAAGAAACGGGGUAGGCAAUUUGGCAGGGACCGGACACGGACAAAGUUUGUGAAAUUCACAAUCGUGCUAGAAGAAGAUACUGAAAAGUAGACAACCAAGUAAACAAUUAAAAAAUUUAAAACAAAUAAAACAUGGUUCAAGAAGAGAA